GAAGCAAGAAAAGAGAAGAAGGCUGCCAACUAGUUCGUACAAUUUCAACCCUCGAGAUUUUUCACCUCAUAUCUCACGCAUCUCUUAUCCAAUUAGCUUGAGUGAGGUGUCAUUAGAUAGGUCUUGAAGAGAGCUUUCAGACGAGGUGCUGCACUUAAGGAUACGAGGUGUUUACAGCUCAAAAAGGGCAAAUAAACACACAAGGUAUUCUAGACUUCUCAAGGAACCUAGGAGUGUCCGGAAAGUCGCCAGAUCCGCCGUAUUUUUUGCCGGAAAAUUCAAAAAGUCGCCGGAGUUCAAACAAAGAGGAUAAAAGCUUGCUAGCAUCAUUUCAAGGUUGAAGCUAGAGCUUACUUCCUGCACCCGUUGUUCGGGAGAUCGAUGGAGAGAAGAAGUGACGUCUUGUAUAAUUCGGUGAGGAUGAACUGCGAUUAUUCUUAUUGGGUUGUACGACGAUUGUCCACGUGGCACAGACGCGGUCUGGGGCGUGACAAAGUUUGUAUCUUUAUGAAACAGACUACAUGGAUGCCGUAUACAGCCGAGAUGUUUGCAGAGUUGCCCCCAGCUGGACGAGAGCAUAGUCACAUAUGGCGAGCACGUGUGCCAUUGAUAUGUUUUGACAUUGUUGAGCUUCAUUUGCCUGAUAGAGUCUUGCGACAGUUUGGGUUUGAGCAGGUCAUUCCACGGCCUAUCGACACUUAUGUAGAGCUUCAUAGGCUGGAUAGGCGUGGGAAGCAUACGGAGGAUUGGGCAUUGAGACAUGUCCGAUACAUCUCUCUAUGGGACAGGCGAGCUGAGCUAGUUGUGACCGGGAUACCGACAUUUGUCCCAUCUGUUUCAGGAGACUACAUGGGAUGGUAUUACAACAUCACUCGUUUGUUUGUGUCUCCUUCAUUCAGACUCCCUACUCAUCAUUAUCAGCCUAGCUCCUUGGCUUUACAUCUUACGACACGAGCUUUGCAGCGCAUACAUUAGCGGGCUACUGCCAUAGUGAGUGAUACUCAUGAUGUGGACAUGUAUGGACAGGCUCUAACAGGCAUUGCCUCUUGUGUUCAGAUGUGUUGGGGCGAGUCGACUACGACCAUCUUAUACACAUGCCCCCAUCUCAGGAGAUGCCAUCGACGUCUAGUGCAGCAGCGGCUUCAUCAUCUCAGACGCAACAUGAGAGAGUGGUUCUUCAACCACGACAACGGUGUAGGCGUAGACAUAAGCAGCAACAUCUCCAUGACCAAGAUGACCAUGGG